AUGGCACGACGCUUGCCCUGGAAAACAAAAACAGAAGACGACGCAAAUGAAAAUCCAUCGCCUAGAAAUGUUCCCAAGGCGGAGAGUCCCGCGCCGUCGGGCGGCAUCAGAACGCCAGUGAGGCUCGCGCGUCAAGUUGCUGUAUCCACGCCACGACGCGACCACACCCCGGCAUCGGCUUCGCGAAGAGAUGCAGUCCGCAGCCCGUCUACUUCGCCCCCUCCCGCGCCGCCUCAAGAACAGCUCAUGAUCCCCGGCGCCGACGCUGAUGAUCGCUAUCGUAUGGUCGAGGACGAGUUCCUCGCCGUAGCCCAACGUUUCACCACGCACCUCCACCGCGCAGAGUACAACCGGCUUAAGGCAGCCGCCCGCGCGCAGGGUGAGGCCGCCGUCCGCGAGAUGGAGCGCCCCGUCGUCGCCCCGCCGCUGACGGCCACGGCGCGCUUCCGCAGGGAGGCGUCCCGUCGCGGCGCGAGGCAGCAGCGGCUGCAGCAGCGUCAGGGCGGCACCGACGCCAAUGGCAGCGGGAGCGCGGCGGCGGUAGACUUGCCCUGGUUGGGAACCAGUCUGCAGGGCCUCAUGGAGCGGCCGCGCAGCGAGACGAGGACUAUAUCGUCCUAUGCGCCGGUGCAUUCUACGACGCGCGCCGCGGCGGGGUAUCAUGCGUCGGCCACGGCAAGCACAAACACAGGGUCCGAUGGCUUUCGGGGUGGCAGCGGCAGCAGGUCUAAGCGCAAGCGUGAGUCUUCGUCGCUCGCCGAGACAUCGUCGACGACCUCGUCCCCCACGCCAGGAGAAGCCUCGAACAAUGCUGCUCCUCGGCUCGCUGCGACUCCGCGCCACCAUUCCUCGCCGGCGACGGCCUCGAUAAGCCGCGCACCUCAUGGCUCUGUCGAUCGCACGCCCUCUCAUGGAGGCAUGGCGCGACACGCGACCCGAGACAAUGCCGCGGGAAGCAGCGGUCGAGAACGCCACCACGUUAUUGAUUUGGACGACGAUGACGAUGACCCUUUCGGUGUCAACAAACGCCGCGUGCGCCGAGAAAAGUCCAGAGAGCAGAUGAGGAAGCCGGCAGAGAAGGAAUCACCAAAGAUCAAACUAUCACCGGAUACGAUUCCGUCCUUCUUAUGA